AUGGAGCAGGACGCCGUGACCCCACCUCCUACCAACAAACCUCCCUUUGUUCUAAUUAACUCCACGUGUGCUGUUGUCUGGUCCCUGCUCACAUUCUGUUCUCUGACCACGGUCUGGUGCCUGAUCACAGUACAUGAGAUACAUGAGGGAAAGCUCAAGGUCAGAGCCCACAUAGAGGUCAGAGCCCACAUAGAGGUCAAAGCCCACAUAGAGGUCAAAGCCCACAAAGAGGUCAAAGCCCACACAGAGGUCAGAGUUCAGGGCCCACUCAAAGAGGCCACAGAGAGGUCAGAGGCCACACAGAGGUCAGAGGCCACACAAAGGUCAGAGUCCACAAAGAGGUCAGAGUCCACACAUAAGUUAGAGGUCAAGGCUCACUCAGAGGUCAGAGGCCACAGAGAGGUCAGAGGCCACACAGAGGUCAGAGGUCACACAGAGGCUGACGGAUCCAGGAAGUCACAGCCCCCCCCCCCCCACCCGCAAACUCAAUCAGGGCCAAUUACUGCUGACACUAGUGGAGAUGUAGAGAGCUCCAAGGAGAAGUACGUGAGCUCCAGGGAGACAUGCCAGAGUUCCUGGGAGAAGUACAAGAGCUUCAAGGAAAUGUACAAGAGCUCCAAAGAGACGUACGAGAGCUCCAAGAGGACGGGCCACGACUCCGUGAAGCUGAUCAAGUUCGCGGACGACACCACCCUCAUUGGACUCAUCUCCAACAACGAUGAGUCCGCCUACAGGAGGGAGGUGGACCGGCUGGUGUCCUGGUGCAGUGGUAACAACCUGGAGCUGAACGCCCAGAAGACAGUGGAGAUGAUUGUGGACUUCAGGAAGAGCACUGUCCCCCCGCCCCCACCCUCCGUGAUGGACUCCCCCAUCACCUCUGUGGAGUCCUUCCGUUUCCUGGGCACCACCAUCACCCAGGACCUCAAGUGGGAGCCGACCAUCAGCUCCCUCAUCAAGAAGGCCCAGCAGAGGAUGUACUUCCUGCGGCAGCUCAGGAAAGCCAAGCUGCCUGCACAGAUGUUGGUGCAGUUCUACACGGCCAUCAUCGAGUCCAUCCUCACCUCCUCCAUCACCGUGUGGUUCGCUGGAGCCACAGUCAGGGACAAACAGAGACUACAGCGCAUUGUGCGCUCUGCAGAGGAAGUGAUCGGCCGCAGCCUUCCAUCGCUGCAGGACCUGCUCUGUACGGAGGAAGACCAAACGUUUUGUGGCAGAUCCCAGCAGAGCGGAGGAGAGACGCGGCCUGAUGGAUGUGUUUUGAGGAAGUUCAAGUGGAUCGGCUACAAGAGAGGCGGGCCGGGCACAGGUUGUCUCCCCUUUGGUUUGGCUACAGAAUCUGAGCAUUAA